CCUAUAGUCUCUGUAAAAGGAUUUUACAAGGAUCAAACUGUUGUUCCUGAUUUCUUGUGUGAAAUGUUAGAUGUAAAACCCCAUAAUGUUGAAGACAGUAGAUUUGAACCUGACAGACGGAAGCUUGAGAAUUAGCCAUACACGGUGAGUUGCUAUGUUCUCUGUUCUCUAACCAUUAUUAUUAUAAAUAUUUGUGUACAGGUCUGUUCAUUGUGGUGGUUUGUGAAUUGUGGAGGGUUUACACUAAGCUGAAUAGUGGAAAAUCCAGGCCUGCAACUGAUCAUGGCUAUUCUGCCCGAGAGAGACAAACAAAUCUAUCCAGAGAUAAAACGUGUCGGGGACAACGUCAUUGGAAUUCCAACGCAGUGUGUUCAGUCAAAACACGUACACCGUACCAACCCCCAGGUUUGCGCCAACAUCGCGUUGAAGAUUAACUCCAAACUUGGUGGAAUUAAUCAUGUUAUAGAUCCAGGUGAAAAGUCGCCUGUUUUUCGAGAAUCUGUUAUUAUCUUUGGCACCGACCUCACCCACCCCUCCCUGAAUGAAAAUGGAAUUCCUUCCAUUGCUGCUGUUGCAGCAAGUAUGGACGCUAAUGCCACUAAGUACUGUGCACGAGUGCGAGCACAGAACCACAGGAAUGGUAAAGGUGCGCAAGAAAUAAUUAAUGACUUAGCGGAAAUUGUGAAAAAGCUUUUAAUUGAGUUUUACAGAGCCAGAUCAUCUUCUACCGUGACGGAGUCAGUGAGGGUCAGUUUGACCAAGUUCUUGCUCAUGAGGUGCGGGCUGUACAACAGGCCGGUAUUAUGCUUGAAAAAGAUUAUCGCCCGAGAAUCACUUUUGUUGUGGUUCAGAAGCGCCAUCAUACGAGAUUGUUUUGUGAAAACCAACGAGAUGAAGUUGGCAAAGCUAAGAAUGUUCCUCCUGGUACAACAGUGGACAGCGGUAUCACACAUCCGUACGAAUUCGACUUUUAUUUGUGCAGUCAUUAUGGAAUCCAGUCUUCUACCCAUCUUUGAACGUGUGAAAGAGCGCCAUCCUCUCCACACAUUUCAUAAAUAUAAGUACAACUCUGACAUGAAUCACAAGAGGUUUGCUGAAAUCGUGGACUAGUAUAGGAUGAUUUGCAUACGGGUUGUCAAAUUCAAAAAGUCUCGAAGGCAUUCAGGUUUCCGAAUCAUCCCGUUCCCAAGUC